CUCUGUAUUCUUCUGCAACAAAGGACCUUCACAGUUUUCAGGCGAUCUUCUCAAGGAGUUUCAGUACCAAUUUUUCAGGUAAUAACAAAUGGAAUUUGUUAGUGGAGUAGGAGAACUCCGGGGUAACCAGGGCAUGGAAGGGGAAGAGAACGUGAUAGCCGUAGAACCCAUUACCAUGAUUGUACCACCGGAACUGCAAGACGUGCCGGAAACCUCUAUGGCGGAGAGCAGUGCCAGUUCAGGCGCGCAUGAGGAUUCCGGUGCUAACCCCUCUCCGUCAUCUGAAGGGUCGUCAUCAGAAAACACUGCUAGUGCAAGUAGCCCCUCGCCGGAAAGUAUGGAAGUGGCCGUAAAUGUACCUCCGGUUGUAGGCUGGGAAAACAAAACCAUAGGUGGUAGGUUAAGCAACCUCCGCAAGGCGCCGAAUACAUUGAUGGCUGGGUUUCGGUUUCGGGCGAACCUGCAUCAUGAGGUAGCAGAUUGUUCUACCUCCAUUAAAGGGUACAAGAGACUGGAGGAAGUGGUGAGACAAUACCACGUUCCUAGGACAGUUUUGUUACGAACAGGGACCAAAAAUGAAAGGGCCUGCAGUGUGUCAGCAACAGGGUGGAUACCUGUAUAUGUGGACCAUUUCGACGCCGGCCUGAGGUUUCCUUUAUCCGGGUUGAUUUUUGACAUUUUGUCAGAGUACGAGCUGGCACUCACACAGUUGACUCCCAACAGUAUAAAAUUCAUCGUAGGGUUUAUGUUGUUGUGUGCACGGCUGGAGAUACCUGCGAAGGCCAUUGUUUUCAGGUCGCUAUUUUUGUGCCGGCUGAGCAGUGCACAGACGAGGUGGUACUACAUUUCUGGGGUUAGCACCGAUCUGGCAGCUCGUCUAUCUGAGUGGCGCCCAAGGCAUGCGCACAUGAACUACCCCACAUUAACCCCGGGCGACCUGGAGCUUAGGGAUAGGAUCACUAAUUAUGUGAAGGGAAGGGGGUUAGUUGAUUUGGAAGCCCUGGUUAUCCCUGAGGUGCUCACUUUGCGUGGGUUUGUGGAUAUCCCAAACCUGUUUAGUGAAGGAGAGAUGAGUAGCAUGCUUGAGAGACAACGGGAGCGAGCUCAGCGCUCUCGUGGCAGGGGAACUGGCUCGGUCUCGCGGCCACAGACUGAGCGCAGGGUAGAGCCCACACCUGCUGAUGUACGGAGGCGUGCUCGCGACGAGUCCGAUGCUGAGGAUGACGUACCAUUAAUUCGGCGCAGGUUGGAUUCCGGGAGACAACCUGGCGUGGUGCGUUCACCUGAGGCGCCCGUGGUCCAGCCGCGCAGCGCGGCUGAGGCACUUCCACCACCAGUAGCUAGCGGUGGGCCCUGGAUCGCAUACCCUGACGGUUUUAGCUACACUAAACCCGACUGUCAGCUCGCUAUGGUCCAGGGUAUGCAGAAUUUCAUCCCGCCUAUGGACCGUCACCGUGCUAAAGGCUACAUUCAACAGCACGGGACUCACGCUGCAAUGCUGAAAAUGAUGGAUGCUCUAAGCUAUUCUGUAGCUCUGUUCGAGAGUGAGCAGGCAGCUCGAAUACAGAAUAGGGAGCUGGCUGACACUUGCAAGCGGCUGUCCUCAGACAAGGCGAGCUUGGAGGAUGAGGUGAAUCGUUUGCAAAGCUCAGAGAUGGCCAACAGGGCUGCAUCAGCCGAGAGCCGGGCUGACGAGUUGCCCAACAAGGUCAUCCAGCUGCAGGAGGAGCUGGAUAAGGUGAAAGCUGAGAAGGAGAGUGGGAUUCAAGCGGCCAUGGAUGAGGUCGUUCGCGCAGUGGAUCUCAGGAAGAAAGUAGAGGCUGAGAGAGAUGGCGCGCUGAAUGACCUCAACGCCCUAAGAGGGCGGGUUGCUGUGGCCGACCAGGAUCUUGCCCGCGCAGAGGAAUCCCUGAGGCAGGCCAAGGCUCAACACCAGCGCUGUAUUAGCAUCGCGCGAGCUCAAGGCGCGGAAUGGCUGGUUGGUGCUGACAUGUUCCAGGACGCCGUAGCUGUGGCAUCCAUGAACGCCACAACUGAGAUUUACAAUGACGUUUGUGGUAAGGUGUUGAAGCACCGGCCGGACUUCCCAAUCAACGAGCUCGCGUUUUUUGAUGGUGAAGAGUUCAAUGCGGAAGGGAAGAGCCUUGUUGAACCUUCUGACACGACGGUGAGGCUCCGUUGGGAGCUGAACGAGGAGGGAUUGCCAACAUGGCCACCGUCUGUCCUUGAGGAAGGAGAGGAGUAUGAGAAUCUGCCGAGGUUCGACACUUGGGCUGGUGAUGCUCCUGUAGAAGAAGCUGAACCCUCAAGUACUCCUCCUGCUCUUCAGCUCACCCCUGCUGCCAUCUCAAUCCCAGCUCGUGCUGACGCGUCCUCUCCCGUGGAUUUAACGGACGAUUAGACUUAGGCUUUUUCUUUUUCUUAUACUUUUGCAUUUUCAACAUUUGCUUGUUGGCAACAUAUUUUGUAGUCUCAUGGGCACCUCAUGUAAUGAAUUUGCAAAGAAUAUAAUUGAAACGAAUUU